UUUGUUGCGAUAUCCAUAGCUAUUUGGUAAUUUAUUGCUAGCUGCUGUCGAUUUUGUGUGUGCGAUUUCGGUUGGUAGCUAGCUAGCUAAUUGAUCAACCCGGUCAGCUAAUUCGUGUUGGUUAAUUGGCAAAACAGAGUGUAUUUUUGUCGAUUUAACAGUGUAAAUUCGGUAUAUGAGAUGCAGUUGAUUUUCAUUUUGUAUAUUUGAAAAACCAGACGCCCAAUUAACAACUUUGAUUGUGUCAUAGGAAAUGUAGCUUGCUAGCUACAGAAUAGCUAUUAGCUAGCCACACUAAUUGGGAGCCAGCCAGCCUUCCUGUCAGCCAUAACGCUGAAUAACUCGGGACUGGAGCAGUAGGAUUUGGUCGCCACAGUUUCAGAGGAGUCUGGAGAGGCUGUUUGCCAAGACAGCAGUGUGCUGGUGUGGCCAUGCCCGCUGUGUCAACAAGAGCGACCAGACAGAGAUAUACUCGCUCAACACCUGACUGAAAAACAUAGUGUACUGCCUGCCUGUCUGGACAGACUGCUGGAUACUGCCACCCCAGUAAAAGUUGUUUGCGGAGACAAGGCAGAGAACGCCAGCACUCAAUGUGACUCUGGAGACACUCACUCCUCUCAGCAGAUGCCUUCUGAAACAAAUGGGGCCCUCUCUGAUCUACCAGAAAACACCACAGGAGCCAAGCAGGACAUAGCUACCGCAUGCAUGCUGAGAUCAGUGGUCAAAGUUCAUUCCUGCCCAGAAGAGGAGAUUCUGGGUGAGGGAGAGAAAAAGCAGGGGGUGGGCAGAGACCACCUAGAACUAGGUCAGGAAUCAAGUCAACUUCCAGAAUCAACCACAGCAGCAACCCAAAAGGGGUCUCUUCAGCUUAUUGCCACUAAGGACAGUGGCAAUGAUGGUACAGCAAACAGCACUAACACCAGCAAAACACACGCAGACCCAGCACUGGAGAAAUUUCUCGAUCCAACCCGUCCUUUUAAGUGCAACGCAUGCCUGGAGUCAUUUACUUCCAAAAGUGCCCUCAGUGUCCAUUACAGCUCCACAUCCCAUCUGCAUCGAAUGAGAACUGGUUCUUCAAUGCAGAGUGACGAAAAGGAAACCUCCUCCUCAGCCACUUCAGCCCCUGCACCAUAUCUGUCACGCCCCUUUUUCUCCAACAAGCCCUACCAGUGUGCUGUGUGUCGUGUCUCUUACAACCACGCGUUCACACUAGAGAGUCACUUGAAGUCUGUUCUGCAUCAGACUCGCAGCAGGAACACUGUUAAUUCUGCCGGCAGUGCGGCUGGGAGCUCUGGUAAGAAAGGGAGUGCUAAUGUGGGAAAUAACACAAGCGCAGCCAUAAACUCAAGUAGUGCAACGCAGCCUGGAAGGGCGGCUGUCCCCUCACCCACCGGCAACGGUGGCAGUCUAGGUAGCCUAACUUUGUUGUCAGGGCCAACCAAAGAUGGAGAGCAAAGUGCACUCGGCGCACAGGCCGCGUCUUCACCCUGUCCCCAUUCAGCCCCGGGCCUCUCUCUGCUCUCCUCCCCCGUGGCCUCUGCUCAGGCUGUCUCUGCCUUCCUGCUCACGUCCUCCAGCUCGUCCUCGCUGCCCCCCUCUGUCCAGCCAUCUCUCCUGUCAGCUGGGGCCGGCGGUGCAACCGGCAUGGCUGUCCCACAGUUAGAGCUCAUAGCCCAGCAGCAGCUUCUCCUGCCCCUCUUCCUAAAUGGGCUGCAGGCCCAGAACCAGGGAUCCAACCCAGAGUCUGCCAGCACCGUCCUGACCCAGGCCGUCCCACUGCUGGGUCUCAGCGCCGCUCAGCAGGCUCUCCUGGCCCAGAGGCUCAGCGCAGCCCAGCACCAGGUUCCCUGGCUGGCGGCUGGACUCCCAGAAACAAAGCAUACCUGCACAGCAGAGAAAGAGAAAGAGGAGAACAGUGGUGGGGUGGAGAGGGUGAAAAAGGAGUCUGACAAGGAGGAAGGGGAGGAGGGGGAGGGAAGAGAUGAGAUCACACAGGAGGGAGACCGGGCACUAGGGAUCACAUCUGAAGCUAUGGAGAAACUGGUAAUGAAGGGGGAAGAUGCAGAGGAAUCGGGUGAGACAGGGCUUAACUGCACCUUAAAGAGCGAAAAGAAACAGUCGAGUAGAGUCGCUUUGGGAGCUCAGGGGAAAGAGGAAAGUGGGAAAGACAGUCCAAUGGAGGGGACUAACUGUGUGGUUCAGGGAGAGGGAAUUAGCCAUUCUUCUGAAAAGUUUUGUGAUGGACAUGGUGAACCUGACACAACUGAUUUACCAGUAUCUGGUGAGACCACAGCAUUCAUUGGUACUGGCUGCAUAAGCAGCAGCCCUCAGCCUCACACUGAUCCAAACCAUACCAAUGAUUUCAAAAUGGCCACAAAUAGCAGUGCAGUCAUGCUCAAACCUGGUCCCACACAACCAUGCCGCUUGAACUCUGAACCCAGUGUACACUCUAAUGACUUCUUACCUGCUGGUGCAAAUGUGAAAGGCCAGAGUCACACCUCGGCUCCCCCCAUAUUGUCGGAGUUCCAGUCCCAGAUGCUGUGGGCAUUCCUGGAGUCUCGCAGUGAGGCAGACGCAGCUGACCCUCCACAGGCUGACUGUGUAGCGCUGGGAAGGGAGGUGGGCUUAAGUGGGCAACAGGUACGGAGGUGGCUGGAGGAAGCACGGAGAGAGCCCAGAGAGAGACCAAAAGGUGCCUCAACCAGGAUGACAACCAAGAUGGCAGAGGAAGGCGGAGUCACUCAGGAGGAUGAGAUGGAGGAAGGUGUGCUCACCAUAGUGGAGGCGGAAGAAGGGGAGAGCCCAGAAGCCAGUGGGAGACAUGCUAUCGAUUUGUCCCGUGGUAGAGGUAGAGGGAAAGGAAGGGAACUCGGGAAAGAGAGCCCUGGGGAGCCCUGCCUGACCUCAGAUUCAGACAAUGAAGGCGACGGGUUCUACACCUCCGUCAUUGUGACUGAUGAGGAAAGCCAGAGUGGUCCUGCGACAGAGGACCUGGGUACCCCUGCAAGAGAGGAGGUAUCUGGGGAGCAGGAGGAAAAGGGCAGGGGAGGGAAGGUGCUCCGCUCCUCCACUGUUUUUCUCUCUGAUGCUGAAGACACAGAGGAAGAGGAGGAUGAGGGGGAGAGUGGGAUCCCAAGGGUGAGGAAGAGGAAGAGAAACAGAGAACUGGAACAGGAGGAGGUGGAUGUGAAGAAGGAGAGACUGGACCCUGAUGUGGAUUUGGAGCUGGAGGCUCAGGCCGACCCCCCCGUGCCAAUCUCUGUCGACCAACAGAGUCUUCCCAACGUCCUGCACUCUCUCCCUCUGUCAAUCUCUCUCACUCCCUUCACCACUCAGUUCAUAAACCCAUAUGUUCUCUCGAUACCCCCAUCUGCUAUUGGGCUGGGGAUAGCUGAGGGGGACCGAGAUAGGGGGAGAGCUUCUACCUUCCCUAACACCGCUGCCAUCACCCACUGCUCUGCCGCCUUUCCGGACCCCCACAGCACCCCACCCCCUGCUUCUCACGUGUCCCCCGUCUGGUCCCUGUCUAACGGUGGCAUCUGUGAGUCCGCCCUGGAUCUCAGCAUGGGAAAAAAACACAGCUCCACUUCCACUUCCCCUUUCUCUACUUCUACAGGGGACAGGACGGUGGUGCAGGCCGAGCCCACGGCAGAAGGUCUCGGGCUAAGGCCCACAGCACUCGGGGUCCCUGGGGCAGGUGGGCUCAUCGUGGUCCGGGUGAAGCCUGAGGGCGCCCUUGCCAUCCCGACCGCAAAUAACAGCAUUGCCAGCAAUAACAACACCCGUACAAGCACUGUCUACAUAAGGGCGGCAGAGCGUGUUAGUGCCUCCUUGGUGGAGAGGGAGCGAGAGAAACAGCAUGAGAGGGAGAGAGAAAAGGCUAGAGUGAGAGAAAAGGAGAAGGAGCGGGAGAAGGAGCAGAAACCCACCAAAGCACGACGGUUCAGGGACAUGAGGCGCUCCAGGACCAUUAUCCAGACAGAGCAGCUGGACGUGCUGUAUGGCUGCUACUUCAAAGACCCCAAUCCUGGGAAGCAUGAGUUUCAGCAGAUCUCAGAGUGGGUCCACCUCCCUAAGAAGGUGGUCCAGAUUUGGUUCCAGAACAUGCGAGCCCGUGAACGCAAGGGGGAAGUCCGCUUCAUCAGUGAUGGUACUCUGGCUGCAAUGGGAAAACCGCUCAUCAAGUUCACUUGGCCCCUGACACUGCCAGUCUUCUCCAGCAGCCCCAGCCCAAACUCCAGCCCCCUCAGCAGCAGUGGAACCACUGGGGACUCAGCUGGAGCUAGUCCCAAGGCUGCAGCCCCAAAGAUAAGACCAGAGGCGGGACAAGGGAAGGUGAAAGAAGAGGGUCGGCCAAAGGACAGUGGUGCUUCCAGCUCCACAUCUUUCCUGAACACAAGUCCUGGCAUCUUGCGAAUGCCUAAUCUCAAGCCCAAGCCAGAGACACAGAGCCCAGGAGGGUCAGUCAGACCAGUCAGCAAAGCCAUAGCCACAGCCACUACCCCUGAGGUUCCUGUUAUGAAGACUCGCUUGCCUUCCCCCUCAUCUUACUCCUCACAGAAACGCAAGCGUGGGGGAGGGGAUGAAAAAGUGAGGAUGAAAGAGGAAGAUGAGUUUGGCAGCAGAGAAACAAUGGGGCCAGGAGUCACAAACCGUAUGGUGCCGAAGAUAUCCUCCACACCCACUAACAAGCCUGUCUCCCCCGGCUCUCAUAAGCGGAAUGGUCUGAAUGACUGGACACCCAAAAGUUCCUUCAAGAUCAACACUUUGUCCAGGGAGCAACUAGGUCUCUCAACACCCCGGCCUUCUGGUACUACCACCACCUCCUCGAGUGCCAAAUCAAGCCCCCAGGAAGGGGCCUACCAGCACCAUUCCUCAACCCCUCGUCGACCACGGACGCACCUGACAUCCUUGCAGGUGUCCAUCAUGCAGUCGUGCUAUGAGACAUGCCCUCACCCCAAUGCGCUGGAGUGUGAGACGAUAGGGACAGAGCUGGGACUGCCGCUCAAAGUAGUACAGAUCUGGUUCCAGAACACCCGCGCCAAGGAGAAGCGCUGGCGCCUGCAGCAGCAGAAGCAGUCUCCUGGUACAACGGACUCUCUCAAGAAGGUUGACACCAGCUCAGGAAGCUUUCUGCUCUACAGUGCACUCAGAGCCAAUCGUCCCAUUCUACCAAAACCGGUUCAGCUGACGGUCCUUGAGCCCUCCACACCCCCCGCUAGCGGGCAACCAGCGAGCCGCGAGACCCUGAGGGGCCGCUGUGAUGCGUGCAGCGUUACAUUUGAGUCCAGAGCUGCAGGGAGGACCCACGUCUUCUCCCCUCACCACCUGGCCACGCUGAGAUCCACUAACUUUGGCCAUCCGCCCUCGCUUGUCAACAGCGGUUCUGCCACUGGGUCAGGUGCAGGCUCAGGAGUGGCAACACAGUCUUCCCCCAGUGCAGCCAGCAGCAGCAGCUAAAAGCUCAUAUCUGGAGGUGCUGGCAUGGACACUGGGCCCACUGGCUCUUCACUUUGAGUGGACAAAAAGGUUUCUGAGUUGCGAUCUCUUUAAACAGACGUUCUUUAACAGUUUAUGGGUGAGGCCAUAAACCUCUUAUCUUCUGAACUUUUCUCCUUUUUCUUUUUCAUUGGGCAUCAGGUGGCCUGUGUCUGUAGAACUUUUGAUUUUUUGGUGCUGGAUGGGGCCCAUUUUAAUAGACAUGACAAAACUGCUUCACUAACAGUAAUAAAGAGUGUAUGAGAGAGAGCAACACUAGAAUUAAAUGCUUGGACCUUUUUUAAAUCUGGUCAAGGCAGUGGUUGUCUUUUCCUUUUUUGCCUCCAACCAGCAGUCUCUCUGCCCUGGGCCCUAAGUGAGCUUCCUUGUAUUAGUACCUUCCCUAAUGAUCUCCACUCCUCCAAAAAGGCUUCAUGUCUACACAGAAACUCUAAUAGUAAUCAGUUCCACCAAUGCAGCCGGAUCUCUUAUUUUGGGUCAAAUGUGGAUGAUCUGUUCCUGGUCUUCUUCCCUUGCAACAUUAUAAGCAGACCCAAGACAAUCUGGAAGAAUAUAAACUGGAUCCUGCCCCCACUGCUUGCUUGACAGUUAAUGGACUGCAGACAGUUAGAAAAAGGCCUCUGUUCUGAGAUUAAUGAAUUAGAGCUGGAGGACUUGCAACAGGAACAGGUUUUAGUUUGGUUGAAUGGCAUGAAUCAAGAGAGAUGACUGGCUGCUGUUGAUGUUGCAACAGGAUGCCCUUUCAAAGCUGAAAGAUUGGCUUGGUGCUGGUGGGGGGCUGGUGUUGUUAUGCACUGUAGAAUAUUAAUACACAGAUAAAUGGACUGGAGGGAUGGACAGGUGAACUGCUUGAAUUAAAACAAGGAGGGAAGAACCUUCUAAAGUGGAGGCCAAAAGUUUACAUACAGCUAAGAUAUUCAAACUCAGUUUUUCACAACUUUGCACAUUUCAUGUUACUAUACAUUUCUUUUGGCAAGUCAAUUAGGGCAUCUACUUUGUUCACAUCAGAGGACGAAGACCUAGCCUUUUGGAGGAGUGUUCUCUGGUCAGAUUAAACAAAAACUGUUUGGCCAUAAUGAUCAGCGCUAUGUAUGGAAGAAAAAGGGUGAGGCUUUAAUCUGAAGAACGCCAUCCCUACUGUGAAGCAUGGGCGUGGCAGCAUCAUGUUCUGGGGUGUUUUGCUGGAAAAGGGGACUGGUGGACUUCAGAAAAUAGAUGGCAUCAUGAGGAAGGUGGAUUGUCUAGAAAUGCUGAAGCAACGCCUCAAGACAUCAGCUAGAAAGUUAAAACUUGGUCGCAACUGGGUCUUCCAGCAGGACAGUGAUCCUAAGCAUACCUCCAAAGUUGUAACAAAAUGGCUUAAAGACAACAAAGUGAAAGUACUGGAGUGGCCAGCACAAAGCCCUGACCUGAAUCCCAUAGAAAAUUUGUGGACUGAAGUGAAAAAGCCUGUCCGAGCAAGGAGGCCCACAAACCUGACUGAGUUACACCAGUCAGGAGGAAUGGGUAAAAAUUCCAGCAAAGUAUUGUGAGAAGCUUGUGGAAGGCCACCCCAAGCAUUUGAUUCAAGUUAAGCAAUUAAAAGGCUAUGCCACCAAAUGCUAAUAAAGUAUAUGUAAACUUUUGACCCACUGAAAAUCUGAUAUUGUACAUAAAAGCUUAAAUAAAUCUGUCUCUUAGCUAUUAUUUUGAAAUGACCCCUUAUGGAAAUAAAUUAGAUACCCUAAUUGACUUAACACAGGAAAUGUAUGGUAACAUGAAAUGUGUGGAGUUGUGAAAAAUUGAGUUUGAAUGUCUUUAGCCUAAGUGUAUGUAAACUUUUGGCCUCAACUGUAUGUCUAGAACUGGGCCAUUAACCAAAAUGUGGGAAAUGCUCUUUCUCUCUUGCACACGCUCGGUCUGAAAGACAAUCUCAGAGAGAGGGAGAGGUAAGGGUGAGACUGAAAGACGCAGAGGCCCCAGUUCCCACUACACUUCUGUUUGGUCUGAUAUACAUUCACUAGCUAUGACCUUUGUGCACAAAAUACAAACCGAGAUUGAAAAGAUUAGGUGCUGGAUUUAAGUAAAUAUGUUCUGUGAUGUCACCUUAUUGUCACCCUAAAUAAAAGUAUUUGUUUCUAUCCUUUCUGUUCUUUUCCGCCAGUAGUUUGUGUACAAGGGUCUGUGCCGCACAUUGUAAGCCUGGCCUUACUGUUGCGCAGUGGGACACUUAAUUUUAUUUUGUUUUAAUCUGGGCUAGGCUUUAAGCAACUAGAGGGAGACAUCAGGAGCAAUAUUGUGGUGCCUAAGCUAAAUGGAUUUUAGAGUGACAAUUUGGAAAAGGGAAAAAAGGAAAUUAUUUGCUGAAAAAUAUUUUGUGGACAUUUUAUAAGACUGUAAUGGCUAAACUGGUGACCUGUUCACACUGUACAAGAUUGGUUUGUUUUAUCCAGAUUUGAUAGUGGGUUGGUUUUGUGUCCUGAUUUGUGCUUAUGUUCAUGUGAAAGUAUUUAUGUAUUUAACUGGUAUUGGCUUUAUGGUCCACCCCUGGUUGCGAAACUCGCAAACCGUGUGGCAUAUCACACAUUGCACUUUGCUGACCAGGUGGCAACUGUCUACCUAACUGUCAAUUGGUCAUGACUUGGUCAGCCCACAGUUUUACUCAAAUAUUUUCCUGUUUGUUAUUUUCUUUCUAUCAGUCCAAACCUAAAUAGAAAAAUAAGCAAACUUCAACUUAUAUCUUUUGCCCUAUGACACCACUCAAAAAGACCUAAAAUUAAAAAUUGUAAUGUAAUGUAAACCAAGACAGGAAGUGGUGGGAUAGAGGUCGGUGAAGCACUUUCUUUCUCUUUGCUUGUUUAAUGAGAUGAGUUGUGCAAGGCAGAAACUAAAGGAGUGGAACACAAAGCAGCGGACGUGCAUUAGGUCAGCUAGCCAAGGGGACAGUUUGUGCGACUGGACACUGCACUUGUGGUGAAGGGUACAGGGAAGUGCGCUUUUGUGGAAUCAAGAGAUACUAAAGAUAUUUUUGCUUUUUUUCUUUUGGUUUAAAAGUUGUAUAUUAUUGUUAUUAAUGCUGUUGUUACUAUUAAUGAAAAAAGCAAACCUUAAAGAUAAACUAAAAAAAAAUAUAUUAUGAGAAGUGUUAUUCCAAAGUUGUUUUUUUCCAUUUACUUUCUGUCAUUAAUUUUUUUUUACCAAAAACAAUUGGGGAGAGAGAUUAUGAGAAAGAGAAAUUAUGUUUUUAAUAUGUGUACUGCAAAUAAAUUCCUACAGCUUGACAGUUUGAGCCAGUCCAGGAUUUAAUUCAUGAGCUACAAAUGCAUUUGACUGUUUGACAUGCAGUUUGUCACUCUUUUUCAAAACCAUUAACCACAGACAUGCUAAGAAGGUUUGAAUUAAAAGUUUGAUUAAAAUAUUAAUGAUAUUUUGUCUAAUAUCCUUAUAUCUGUCAGUCACUAUGUACAGGGCAUGGUAGCUCAUGUGGAAAAAAUAAAAUAAAAUCAGGACUGGGGCUAUACUGAAGGAAUGAUCUUAUGGCGGUGUACUGUCCAGGACAGAUUUGAGCAAUGAAGGUCUAUAUAUUUUUAAUUCUUUUCCAAUGUCACUUGAUUGUUAUCACUAUUAUAAUAACUGUACUACUUCUUUUACUGUUAUCUGUUGUUAUUAUCAUCACUGCCACAAUUAUUAUUGCAUUGCACCAG